CGACCAACCAGUGGUUCAUCCCAGCUGUGAGAGGGGAUAUCCCUCCAGGGUGUGCAGCCUAUGGCUUUGUGUGCGAUGGUACUCGCCUACUGGUAUUUGGUGGGAUGGUGGAGUAUGGAAAAUACAGCAACGACCUCUAUGAACUCCAGGCCAGUCGCUGGGAAUGGAAGAGACUGAAAGCAAAGACGCCCAAAAAUGGGCCUCCUCCAUGUCCUCGGCUUGGACACAGCUUCUCCCUUGUGGGCAACAAAUGCUACCUAUUUGGGGGUCUAGCCAAUGAUAGUGAGGACCCCAAGAACAACAUUCCGAGGUACUUGAAUGACUUAUAUAUCCUCGAACUGCGGCCAGGCUCUGGAGUGGUAGCUUGGGACAUCCCCAUCACUUAUGGAGUCCUGCCUCCACCUCGGGAGUCACAUACUGCUGUGGUCUACACUGAGAAAGAUAACAAGAAAUCCAAGCUGGUGAUCUAUGGAGGGAUGAGUGGCUGCAGGCUAGGGGACCUUUGGACCCUGGACAUCGAGACACUGACAUGGAAUAAGCCCAGCCUUAGUGGGGUGGCACCCCUUCCUCGAAGCCUCCAUUCUGCAACCACCAUAGGAAACAAAAUGUAUGUAUUUGGUGGCUGGGUGCCUCUUGUCAUGGAUGAUGUCAAAGUGGCCACACACGAGAAGGAGUGGAAGUGUACCAACACACUGGCUUGUGUUUUCCUGGAUACCAUGGCCUGGGAAACCAUCCUGAUGGAUACACUGGAAGACAACAUUCCUCGAGCUCGAGCUGGUCACUGUGCUGUUGCCAUCAAUACUCGUUUGUACAUUUGGAGUGGCCGUGAUGGCUACCGAAAGGCCUGGAACAACCAGGUCUGCUGCAAGGACCUGUGGUAUCUGGAGACAGAAAAGCCACCACCCCCAGCCAGAGUACAACUAGUACGAGCUAACACUAACUCACUGGAGGUUAGCUGGGGUGCAGUAGCAACAGCCGACAGUUACCUUCUGCAGCUCCAGAAAUAUGACAUUCCUGCCACGGCUGCUACGGCCACUUCCCCCACUCCCAAUCCUGUCCCAUCUGUGCCUGCCAACCCUCCCAAGAGCCCUGCGCCUGCAGCAGCUGCACCUGCUGUACAGCCACUGACCCAAGUAGGCAUCACACUUGUGCCCCAGGCUGCCGCUGCACCCCCAAGCACUACCACCAUCCAGGUCUUGCCGACAGUACCAGGCAGCUCCAUUUCUGUGCCCACUGCAGCCAGGGCUCAAGGUGUUCCUACCGUUCUCAAAGUGACUGGUCCUCAGGCUACAACAGGAACCCCACUGGUCACUAUGAGACCUGCCAGCCAGGCUGGAAAAGCCCCUGUCACUGUGACUUCCCUGCCUGCUAGUGUGCGAAUGGUUGUACCCACACAGAGUGCCCAGGGGACGGUGAGCAUCUGUUACUGGUGGCAGAUAGAACCCUUGCAGCUCACAUGCUUUGUGCCUACACAAAAAAUCCCUCCUUCCUCGGCACCCACAGUGCUGAGUGUCCCAGCAGGCACCACCAUUGUCAAGACAGUGGCUGUGACACCUGGCACAACUCCUCUUCCAGCCACUGUGAAGGUGGCCUCCUCUCCUGUCAUGGUGAGCAACCCAGCCACUCGCAUGCUAAAGACUGCAGCUGCCCAAGUGGGGACAUCUGUGUCCUCUGCUGCCAACACAUCUACCCGCCCUAUCAUCACGGUACACAAAUCAGGCACCGUGACAGUGGCCCAGCAAGCCCAGGUAGUGACCACAGUGGUCGGCGGAGUCACCAAGACCAUCACCCUAGUGAAGAGCCCCAUCUCUGUCCCAGGAGGCAGUGCUCUGAUUUCCAAUCUGGGAAAAGUGAUGUCAGUGGUCCAGACCAAACCAGUUCAGACUUCAGCAGUCACAGGCCAAGCCUCUACAGGCCCUGUGACUCAGAUCAUCCAGACCAAAGGGCCUCUGCCAGCAGGGACUAUCCUGAAGCUGGUGACAUCAGCAGAUGGCAAGCCCACAACCAUCAUCACCACCACACAGGCUAGUGGGGCUGGGACCAAGCCUACCAUCCUGGGCAUCAGUAGUGUCUCUCCCAGCACCACCAAACCUGGCACGACUACCAUCAUCAAGACCAUUCCCAUGUCAGCCAUUAUCACCCAGGCAGGCGCCACAGGUGUUACCAGCAGUCCUGGCAUUAAGUCCCCCAUCACAAUUAUCACCACCAAGGUGAUGACUUCUGGAACAGGAGCGCCUGCCAAAAUUAUCACUGCUGUCCCCAAGAUUGCUACUGGCCAUGGGCAGCAAGGAGUGACCCAGGUGGUGCUAAAGGGAGCCCCUGGACAGCCAGGCACUAUCCUCCGCACUGUGCCCAUGGGCGGCGUUCGCCUGGUCACCCCUGUCACUGUCUCCGCUGUCAAGCCAGCUGUCACCACAUUGGUUGUGAAAGGCACUACAGGUGUCACAACCCUAGGCACAGUGACAGGCACUGUCUCUACUAGCCUUGCAGGAGCUGGGGCCCAUAGCACCAGUGCCUGGCUGGCCACACCUAUCACCACCUUGGGCACCAUUGCCACUCUCUCAAGCCAGGUGAUCAAUCCUACUGCCAUCACAGUAUCAGCUGCACAGACCACACUGACAGCUGCUGGUGGGCUCACUACACCCACAAUCACAAUGCAGCCUGUCUCCCAGCCUACCCAGGUGACUUUGAUCACAGCACCCAGUGGGGUUGAGGCCCAGCCUGUACAUGACCUUCCUGUAUCCAUUUUGGCCUCACCUACUACAGAGCAGCCCACGGCAACAGUCACCAUCGCUGACUCGGGCCAGGGUGAUGUACAACCUGGCACUGUGACACUGGACAGCUCCAACCCACCCUGUGAAACCCAUGAAACAGGCACCACCAAUACAGCUACUACCACUGUUGUGGCUAAUCUUGGGGCACAUCCUCAGCCUACCCAGGUGCAGUUUGUUUGUGACAGACAAGAGGCAGCUGCUUCUCUUGUGACCUCAGCUGUGGGACAACAGAAUGGUAAUGUGGUUCGUGUCUGUUCAAACCCCCCUUGUGAGACCCAUGAGACAGGCACUACCAACACUGCCACAACAGCUACUUCCAACAUGGCUGGGCAGCAUGGCUGCUCAAACCCCCCCUGUGAGACUCACGAGACAGGCCCUCCCAGCACUGCCACUACAGCAAUGUCCAGCAUGGGCACUGGGCAGCAGCGAGACACUCGUCGUACCUCUAGCAAUCCCACUGUAGUGCGGAUCACUGUGGCUCCUGGGACACUGGAGAGAACCCAGGGUACUGUGAAGCCUCAGUGCCAAACACAGCAGACCAAUAUGACCAACACCACCAUGACUGUGCAGGCUACAGGAGCUCCGUGCCCAGCUGGCCCACUGCUCAGGCCAAGUGUAGCACUGGAGGCUGGGAACCAUAGCCCUGCCUUUGUACAGCUAGCUCUUCCAAGUGUUAGAGUAGGGCUGAGUGUCCCCAGCAGCAAGGACAUGCCCACAGGGCACCAGCUGGAGACAUACCAUACUUAUACAACCAAUACCCCAACCACAGCCCUCUCCAUUAUGGGUGCCGGGGAGCUUGGUACAGCUCGGUUGAUCCCUACAUCUACUUACGAGAGCCUCCAGGCAAGCUCUCCCAGCAGCACCGUGACUAUGACAGCUCUAGAGGCACUGCUGUGCCCUUCGGCUACCGUGACCCAAGUCUGCUCCAACCCACCAUGUGAGACCCAUGAAACGGGCACCACCAACACUGCCACUACCUCCAAUGCAGGCAGUGCCCAGCGGGUAUGCUCCAACCCGCCUUGUGAGACUCAUGAGACGGGAACUACACACACAGCUACUACUGCCACAUCAAAUGGAGGUGCAGGCCAGCCUGAGGGUGGACAGCAGCCUGCCGGUGGCCGUCCCUGUGAGACACACCAGACCACUUCCACUGGUACCACUAUGUCAGUCAGUGUGGGUGCCCUGCUUCCUGAUGCCACUCCCUCUCAUGGAACCUUGGAGUCUGGCUUAGAGGUGGUAGCAGUGUCCACUGUCACCUCCCAGGCUGGUACCACAUUGCUGGCUUCUUUCCCAACACAGAGGGUAUGCUCCAACCCUCCUUGUGAGACCCACGAGACAGGUACCACGCACACAGCCACCACUGUCACCUCUAACAUGAGCUCAAACCAAGACCCUCCACCAGCUGCCAGUGAUCAGGGAGAGGUGGUGAGCACCCAAGGUGACAUCGCAAACAUCACUGGCGCCAGUGGCAGCACAACAACUGUGUCAUCCACAUUGCCACGAGCAGUGACCACUGUGACACAGUCUACACCAGUGCCAGGUCCCUCUGUUCCGCCCCCAGAGGAACUCCAGGUCUCACCAGGGCCUCGCCAGCAGCUGCCACCACGGCAACUCCUGCAGUCUGCCUCCACCCCCCUGAUGGGGGAGUCCUCCGAGGUCCUGUCAGCCUCCCAGACCCCUGAGCUCCAGGCCGCCGUGGAUCUGAGCAGCACUGGGGACCCAUCUUCAGGCCAGGAGCCUGCCAGCUCUGCUGUCGUGGCCACUGCAGUGGUCCAGCCACCCCCACCCACACAGUCUGAAGUAGAUCAGUUAUCACUUCCCCAAGAGCUGAUGGCUGAGGCCCAGGCGGGUACCACCACCCUUAUGGUAACAGGGCUCACCCCAGAGGAGCUGGCUGUGACUGCUGCUGCUGAAGCAGCUGCCCAAGCUGCGGCCACUGAAGAAGCUCAAGCCUUGGCCAUCCAGGCUGUGCUCCAGGCUGCACAGCAGGCUGUCAUGGGCACUGGGGAGCCCAUGGAUACAUCUGAAGCAGCAGCAGCAGUGACACAAGCAGAACUGGGUCACCUUUCAGCUGAGGGCCAAGAGGGUCAGGCCACCACCAUACCCAUUGUACUGACACAGCAGGAGCUUGCAGCUCUGGUGCAGCAGCAGCAGCAGCUCCAGGAGGUCCAAGCUCAAGCCCAGCAGCAGCACCACCUCCCUACUGAGGCUCUGGCCCCAGCCGACAGCCUCAAUGACCCAUCCAUCGAGAGCAACUGCCUCAACGAGCUAGCUAGUGCUGUUCCUAGCACUGUAGCCUUGCUGCCCUCAACAGCCACUGAGAGCCUGACUCCAACUAACACAUUCGUGGCUCCCCAGCCUGUUGUUGUAGCCAGCCCAGCAAAGAUGCAGGCUGCAGCUACCCUAACUGAAGUGGCCAAUGGCAUCGAGUCCCUGGGUGUGAAACCGGACUUGCCACUCCCACCCAGCAAAGCACCUGUGAAAAAGGAGAACCAGUGGUUUGAUGUGGGGGUCAUUAAGGGUACCAGUGUAAUGGUAACACACUAUUUUCUGCCACCAGAUGAUGCUGUUCAGUCAGACGAUGACUCAGGCACAGUCCCAGACUAUAACCAACUGAAGAAGCAGGAGCUACAGCCAGGCACUGCCUAUAAAUUUCGUGUUGCUGGAAUCAAUGCUUGUGGCCGGGGGCCCUUUAGUGAGAUCUCAGCCUUUAAGACAUGUCUACCUGGUUUCCCAGGGGCUCCUUGUGCCAUUAAAAUCAGCAAGAGCCCAGAUGGUGCUCACCUCACCUGGGAGCCACCGUCUGUGACCUCCGGCAAGAUCAUCGAGUACUCUGUGUACCUGGCCAUCCAGAGCUCACAGGCUGGUGGUGAACCCAAGAGCUCUACCCCAGCCCAGCUAGCCUUCAUGCGAGUGUACUGUGGGCCUAGCCCUUCCUGCCUCGUGCAGUCCUCCAGCCUCUCCAAUGCCCACAUUGACUACACCACCAAGCCUGCCAUCAUCUUCCGCAUUGCUGCCCGAAAUGAAAAGGGCUAUGGCCCCGCUACACAAGUGAGGUGGUUGCAAGAAACCAGUAAAGACAGCUCGGGCACCAAGCCAGCCAGCAAGCGGCCCAUGUCGUCUCCAGAAAUGAAAUCUGCUCCAAAGAAGUCUAAGGCUGAUGGUCAGUGAGGAAUCUGGCCAGCAUCUGGAUCCUCCAGAUCCCUCUGCUUCAGGAACA